AUGGAGCAUCUUAACAAAGGGGCAUGGACCAAAGAAGAAGACGAGAUUCUCACCAAGCAUAUCACUGAGCAUGGUGUAAGCAACUGGCAAUAUCUUCCUAGAGCUGCUGGUCUGAUGAGAUGCGGCAAAAGCUGCCGGCUUCGAUGGAACAACUACCUCAAGCCUGAUCUCAAGAGAGGAAAUUUCACCAGGGAAGAAACUGCAGCCAUCAUCGACCUCCAUCGUUUGCUUGGCAACAAAUGGGCUCUUAUUGCUGCCCAAUUGCCCGGGAGAACGGACAACGAUAUCAAGAACUACUGGAACACUCAUGUGAGACGGAUGCUCAUCGGCCGUGGCAUCGACCCUCAAACCCACAUAAACCUCAAUCCGUCGCUAUCGAUCAACCAAAACCCUAGAAUUUUCUCUACGCAUAGGGACGCGCCCUUGAUGGUCAGAAACGACGCCGGUUUUAAUGUUUCUACGGCUGCGAAUCGUCGUCCCAAUAUCACUACUUCCCAAAUUAAUUUGGAUCUUUCCAUCAGACCUCCUAAUCCCUACUGA